AUGGUCGACAGGCCGAGAUCGUUGUCCGGAAUCACUGUGAACAGCGAUGCCGAGUAUCAAGACGCGUUCGAUCAUGUCACCUAUAGCGACUCCCUCGAACUGCUAGACACAAUUUCUGAAACUCAGAUCACACUGAAUCUCUUUAUGAAUAAUAAAUUCGCACUCGCUGAAGAACGAAUGGCCGAAUUAUAUGACCGAAGCAUGUACCAUUCGAUGGGAUAUACGUGCAUUUUAUUCAUCAAAGCGGUAAUGACAGUUGAUAAAAAAGAAAUGGAGAAGGCUGUAGAAGCGUGUCGGGUUUCAUGCGAUGUUAUUGAGAAGUUUCGAGCGAGGCGAAGCUUGACGGAAUCCAUAUUUGGCGCUACCGCAAAGGGCAAAAAACUUACCGAUGAAGAGCUGCACGCCGAACUAUGCUACGCUCAAAUCCUUCUCCUCCGCGCAAUUCUCACAUUUUUCCAUGACGACAAUUUUGCAAGCUUUAUCAAAGGCGCGUUGAAUAUUAGGACGUGCUAUCAGACAUACAAGUAUUGCGAGCGUCUAAUGAAAGAGCAAAGCAUUUGGGUGGGACGAAACGAGCGGGUGAAGCGACAAUUCGAAAGCGGCGUUCAAAUGGGCCUCGGCACGUUCGCCUUGAUGCUUUCAACACUUCCAUCGAAAGUUUUGCGACUUCUAGAAGUUGUCGGAUUCUCUGGAGACAAGGGCGCCGGAAUGCGCGAUCUUCACCAUGUCGCUUCAAUGACCAACACCCUGUAUUCGCCACUGGCGAAACUCAUCUUACUCACAUGGCAUCUCGUUGCUUGCUUCGUUCUGGGAACAGGCCAGCCUGACCUAAAAGUGUGUAAUCAGUUGAUGCCCAGUAUCACUCAUAUGUGGAAGAAUGGCGCGAUCACGUUGUUCAUGAGAGCUCGCCUUCUGUUGGUGUCCGGCGACAUCGAUUCGGCAAUUUUCUAUUAUAACAAGUCGAUUGAUUCGCAAUCGGUUUACGAGCAAUUCCAUCAUGCAUGCUAUUGGGAACUUUUAUUUGCUCAUGGAUUCCAGCGGCGUUGGUCGCACGCGGCAAAUUACGCCAAGAAGCUUUCAGUCGAAUCGAAAUGGAGUCGUUGUGUGUACACUUAUCUGUUGUGCAUCUUCUUCGCUGCCGAUGAGACGGUUGGCGAGAAAAAGCGAAAUGAGACGAUUGGCGUGUUGGCGAGCAAAGUCGACAAAUUGCGAAUGCGAAUUGCCGGAAAAUCGAUACCCGUUGAGAAAUAUUGCGGAAGGAAGGCGAAACGAUUCGCAACAACAAACUCGCUGAUUUUCGCGCAUUAUGAAUUUAUUUAUUUUUGGAAUGGAUUUGAUAUCGUUUGUAAAAGCCCGAAACUGUUGCCGCCGAUUUUGGAUGAUUUGGAUCGGACUUGGGAGAAGAGAAAGGACACCUGCGACAUUGAUGACGAAUGUUUAUAUUAUUUCCUCAAGGGGGUCUGCCUUCGUCAUAUGAAACAUUACGCUCAAGCUGAGGCCAACUUGCAAAAAGUGAUCGAUAAUGAGCAACACAUCGAUGCUUUCACCUAUCUUCCGCCCAACGCCACCUAUGAAAUGGCGCUUAUUCGAAUUAAUGAGGGCUUUCACACCGAUGGAGAGAAAUUGUUGAAUGUGGCGAGAAGUUAUAAAGGAUAUUCGCUUGAAAACAAGCUGCACUUCCGAAUUCAUAGUGCCAUGGAUAGUAUGGGAUGUCGGACACCAAUGCUGUAA